UAUACCACGAUAUAAACAUUGGGUGUGCACGUGAAAAUUGACUGUAUUUUGAGUAUAAUUCUUUAAUUUUGUGCAAUUAUAUUUAUUACUUGUAUGUGUAACAAUGGCACAGGAUCCCUUAGACGAACUUUUACAGUUUCUACAACCUGAAGCGAGAGUAGACUUGAAACACAUAUCGUUGGACCAUUUACUAGGUAUAUCCGGCACCGAGUCAGGGAUAGAAGUCCUUUUGAAGAAAAAACAAAUUUUGCAGAGCGUUAUAGAACUAACGAACGACAAAGUCGAGGAGGUCUGCAAGAGUGCCCUCCUCCUCCUCGUAAACAUUUCGGCGACCCCCAAAGGUGCAUCGGAACUUUUAAAGUACAAACCCAGCUACAGUAAAAAUGUUGUGAAACUAUUUAUAGACUACGUUCUAGACCAGAAUAAACGGGACGCGGACGCCGUAUGUAUGAUCCUGUCGAACCUGACGCGGCAGGAGGGCGCUCUGGAGAUAUGUGUUGAUACAUUCCUGCCGGUGUUAAACGACCUGCUGCACGCGUUCGCCGACGUCGACUACAACAAACGCGGCGCCAACCUCAACUACCUCGGCCCCAUGUUCAGCAAUCUCAGCUGCUCCGCUCGGGUUCGGAAAUGGCUGACCGAGGAAAACCCCCACAUACCCCUCAUAAAAUUGCUCCCAUUUUGUAAUUACGAGGGCUCAGUUAUCCGCAGAGGCGGAGCCGUUGGCACAAUAAGAAAUUUGUCAUUUGACACGACUUACCAUGAGUUUCUGCUUAGCAAUGAAUUAGAGGUACUGACUUAUCUGUUAUCUCCGUUGAUGGGUAACGAGGAGUACCCUGACAAUGAAAUGGACAAAUUGCCGAUAGCCCUACAAUAUUUACCAGAAGAGAAGAAAAGGGAGGAGGAUGUCGACAUACGAAAGAUGGUGUUGGAGACCUUGAACAAAUUGUGUGCAAAACGAGCCAGUAGGGAGCUAUUACGCGACAACGGAGUCUACUAUGUGCUGCGAGAGUACCACAAGUGGGAAAAGGAUCCGACGGUGCUGCUGGCCUGCGAGAAUGUUGUUGAUAUUUUAAUACAAAAGGAGGAUGAGGUGGGAGCCGAGGAUUUGACCAGUGUCGAGGUGCCCGAGGAUAUGACUGAGAAAUUCCAGAAAAUGGAUGAAGAUUAUGUAAAAAGUGUAUAAUUAAAUAUAAUAAAUUUAUAGUU